CCUGAACAACCUUAACAACAACAACAACAACAAAAGAACAGGACUUGUAAAAAUAAAAUGAUUAGUACUGAAGUGAAGAAUGAAGAGAUCUCUACCAGAUAAUGAGAGGUGGGAAUUACAGAGAAGACACCAUGCUGGAAAACAACAAAAUACAUCUUUGUCAGAGAGAAAUGUAACACCGUCCACUGAAGGAGCAGACAGCUCCAUUAGGGGAGUAGGUCACUCUUUACAAGUACCAGCUUUAGCUUUUACUUCAACAAGAAAUACUGUGUCAAAAGCAGUUGUAACAUCAAGUUCAUUAUUGCCGACUGCUGUUUCAUCAGAUGCAAAAGUAUUAUUAACAGCAAAUGCAGCUACUUCAUCCCAAACUGCUACAGCUGCAUCAGUAUCUAUUGUUACAGCAGCAGCUACAUUACAAGCAGCUUCUGAAAUAAACACUGCUAAAGCACAAACUUCCUCUUUGAAAAAAUUCCCAACAAGUACAGUUUCCGUUGCAGCAAAGCCUAUCCUAAAAACAGUUUUUGCUUCAUCAUCAUCAGUGAUAUGCUCUUCUACAUCUGCUAUAUUGAACAAAUCUUUGGCAGCUAAUAAAACACCUAUAGUUGUGUUUUCAUCACUACCAACAAAACCAAAGGUCUCAUCUGCUAUUGCUACUACAUCUAUACCUGUCACUACAGGUACUACAGUUUCAACUGUAACUGCGCCUCUUCCUACUAUAUUACCUGUACCAACAGCAGUAACAGCACCUCUAGUUACUGGGGCCAAACAAACUAUUGGUAUUUCAUUAACUGCACCUGUUACAACAGCUAGUGUUAUAUUAACUAAAGCUACACCUCUUACAACAGCUAGUGCUUUAUUAACUAAAACUAUUCCUGUCACAACAACUAGUGUUGUAUUAACUACAGCUACACCUGUUAUAACAGCUAGUACUAUAUUAACUACAUCUACACCCUCAUCAUCCGCUUCCUCAGUUCUGUCAUCCCAGCAUAUAUCACAGUCAUCUGUAGCAUCUACUUUACCAUUGUGUGUUACUUCUUCAGUUCUUUCGGUGCCAUCAGUUAAAACAUUAAUAUCCACUUCUAGUGUGCCGUCUACUUCAGACGGUGCUGUACCUUCAUCCUCAUCAUCAUCAUCAUCAUCUUCAUCAUCAUCAUCAUCGUCAUUAUCGUCAUCAUCAUCAUCAUCAUCUUUAACUACACUUUCUUCCUCCACAUCAGGCUGUGUAGUGCCCACACAGAGUGGCAGUAGUAAUUUGCCUCCACUAUCUGUCUCUGCAUGUCCUUUGCAACUUCUGGCAUUGUCAUCUGAGUCUUCAUCUGAUUCAUCAAAUGAUUCAGUGGGUGUUGUGCCUGUGACUUAUUCUACAAGUGGGGAAGGGUUUGUCACUUCUCUUAGUUUCGUUAUGCAUACCGUGAAUUCUCCUAUUUCUUCUCCUUUACCAUCAGGUUUAUUAUCUGAUCAAACUAACGUUAAUAUCAGUGGGAAUCAUUCUUCAGUUGCAAAUUUGACUGCAGAUUCCUUUAAUACAUUGCCAGUGGAUGAAUUUACUGAGACACCUAGAAUGGUAUCACAUCCAUCAUCUGCUUAUUCAUCUCCAGUGUCAUUUUCAUCUUUGCCUGCAGCUGCCUCACAUGCUUCUAACUUAAGUAAUGGUCAUCACACAUUGGGAUCAUUGAGACCACAAAGUCAACAGGUUGAACUGGAAGCAUAUGAAGACAGAUUAAUUAGAGAGCAGGACAGUAAUGACAGCUUACUGGAAGAAGACCCAAGCACAUCACUGAUGACAUCAGCACCUUUAAAUACAGUUCAACAUGAAUUGGAAGCUCAUUUCUUUCUCACCAGGGAUGAGGAACGUAAGGUCAAAGAGAAAUGUUUACUUCAGUCUGGCAAAGUUGCAACUGCAGGGGCACCUGUGCCAAAGGGUCAGCUAAGACGUGCAGGACCCUACCUUCUGGGGCCGCGCCUGGGAUCAUCUCCAGUUCGUUCCAUCGUGCAGUGUUUGGCACGCAAAGAAAAUACAGAUAACUUUUACACUUUAAAGAUCUUAACUGUGAGAGAAGCAUGUGAUGAAACGCAAGAUGACAAACAGGGCAAAAUGCUUUUACACACUGAGCACUCCCUCCUUUCCUUAUUGUCAGGACAGUGUGGUGUUAUUCAGCAUCAUGGCCUCUUUCAGGAUUAUGCUUGUGGAGCCCGAGAGCAAUCUGGUGGUUUGAUUGUUGCUACUGGAGGUCUUGUGAGGCGUGUGUGUCUAGUACUAGACUGUGUUACACCUCAUGACUAUUGCCCCAAUACAGCUGAUCUUAUCAAUCUCCAACACUAUGUUAUCACAAAGAAGAAACUGACAGAACGUGAUGCUCUUACCAUCUUCUAUAACAUUGUAACUGUUGUUCACAGUUUACAUGAACAAAAUAUUGUUCACCGGGACUUGAAACUUGGGAACUUAGUGCUACAUAGAACCACACGGGAAGUCACAAUUACAAAUUUCUGUUUGGGCCAACAUCUUCCGUCUGAGAAAGAUCGCCUCCGUGACCAGCGAGGCUCACCUGCAUAUAUUUCACCCGAUGUUUUAAGUGGCAAACCUUAUUUAGGCAAACCCUCAGAUAUGUGGGCCUUAGGGGUGGUGCUGUUCACAAUGCUGUAUGGACACUUUCCAUUUUAUGAUGCUUCUCCACAAGAACUCUUUCGAAAAAUUAAAGCUGCACAAUAUACACUUCCUAAAGGAGAUAAGCCUGUUCAAGAAUCUACCAAAGAUGUGAUUCGUGGAUUGCUGGUACUGGAUCCUCUACAGCGUUUCACCUGUAAACAAGUUCUCUCCCGACUCAUUGAUAUUAUAUCAAGUCCUAUCACAGAGAAUCCACAGUUGUUGCAGGUUGUUCCUGAAAUGGAGGAUAUAGAAGAAGAGACAGUGGGAAUAAAAGGAUCCUUAAAUGAGCUUGAUACAAGAAUUGGCUCCUUUAGUUGCGAUAACUUGGACCACUGUUUUAAGAACAACAUUAACAUCUCCAUUAAAAACAAGAAACCUCGAGACAGAGACGAUGACAACCAAGCAAAAAACAACUUGGAUUAUUUACUUCUUCAAGUGGCACGACAAAAUGAAGAAAGCAGCCAGAUGGGCAGCCAAAAGUCAAAUGUGAACAGCAGCAGUGCAAUGAUCAGCAGCAGCAACAGCAGUAGUGGCAGCAGCACAUCCAAUGGCAUGAUCUCUUGCAUUGUUGGAGAUGCUCGAUCACUUACCCAAGUGGAGCUAUCAUCCCUCAGGCACAUUCUGCCCCACACCUCUAGACUAAAAGAGCCAGUGACUCGAAGUUCUGGUUCACCAACAAGUGUUGCUGUUGUUGUAAGCAGAAGUAGCAAUGACAGAUUCAGCUCACUCUUUUCACCACAGUCAUCUGGAAGCCGCAAUUAUCCCAUGAAUCUGUUACGAUCACCUCCAACUGCAAAUCAUCUGCCACCACCGCCACCGCCGCCACCGCCGCCACCACCACCACCACCACCACCACCACCACCACCACCACCUUCACCAAAUGAAACCGUGUCUUCUGCACCACUUCCUACACAUAUUCUUUCCUCCCAUCUUCCCUCAUUAUCCUCACAUAUCCAAACAGCUUCUCGAAUUCCUUCAUCAUCUCACUCACUGUCAUCAAAUUCUGUUAUGCCAACAUUUGGAGUAUUUUCAGAUUCAGUCCCAUCUCAAAAUUCUUUACAAAGAGGAGUUCAUCCAUCUGCUCCGAGUACAGGCUCACGAACCCGUUGGACUCCUAGGGUGCAUAAUCAUAUUUUGCAGAAUAUAAGCAAUAUACAACACUUAGCUUCCUCUACCAAUGGCCAAGAGGAAACACUUCAAAUGCCACUUCAAGAUGUAGGUGACAGUGAUCAGUCAAGUACACUUAGCAGUCCUAUACCUGGCACCUCCUCUUUAUCAGCCUCUUCUUCAUCUUCAUCUUCUACAUCACAUCUAUCUAGAGCUUUCCGUUUAUUAAUAAGAGCAGGAAGAGGCCAAGGAGGUCCUAUCUUGACCCGACGACGUUGUCGACCUGUACGACGGUACAGGUGAGCAUUGCAUGUACAGUAUUAACAGACUGUAUAAAAUGAAUUACAUUUAUUAUUACAGUGGAACCUCAAAUUUCGAACGUAUCACUUAUAUAACUCUUUAAAAAUCGACCGCUUUAUUUGAACCAACUUUGUCCCUAUUAUCAAACUCGCCCCUAUUUUCAAAACGCCGAGUACCGGACCUGUCUGCCAGCCCGCUCUGUCCGCAUCCCCACGCAGGCGCCUUGAGCCAGUCUGGCUUUGUUGAUGCUUGAUUGAACACUAACCUGCUCUCUCAUUCAAACAUAUUACAAUUACAGUGGACCCUUGAAUUUAGUAGUGCCUUUUCUGUAUGCAAAACUAUUUUUAUUAUCUAUAAAAUGUAUGUUUUGU